AUGUUGACAGAAUUUUUCUACAUGAAUUCUACUGAUUCUCUAGCUCAGAACCUCAAAUGCACUUACAGACAGUUCCCUGAGCACUUUGUUUGGUAUCCAGGAAGGAGAAAAUGGGAGCCAAGAAAACAGAAAGAUUGUAUAGGUAGGAUAGUGACAGCCAGCCCAAUGGAAGGAGAACGCUACUUUCUUAGAUUGCUCCUCACACAUGUCAAAAGUCCAACUUCAUUCGAUGACUUAAGAACAAUAAAUGGAGCAUAUGUACGUACUUUUCGUGAGGCAGCAAUUCUUAGGGUUUACUUUGAGUCUGAUAAGUCACAACAACAGUGCCUUGAAGAAGCAAUUAUGUAUCACAUGCCAUAUAGUUUGAGAAGAUUAUUUGCCACACUACUUGUUCAUUUUCCUCCUUCAAAUGCCAGAUAUAUUUGGGAACAAUUUGAAGAGCCAUUAUUUGAAGAUAUCAGCAGAACUCCACAAAUAUCGGUUGAUCAAAUCCGCUUCUAG